AUGCUCAUCUCUACACCACGACGGGAGGCUAAGAACCCGCUAGCUUCACGCCCGUCACCAUUUGCGACGCUGGCGCACUCUGGAAAGCGUGGUCACGAAGAGCGAGAGAUACCCAAGUACUCUCAGAGAGAUCGAAAAGAAAAAAAAAAAAAAAGCCACCAGCCGCCGCCAAAAAGAUUGUGCGACGCAAGCGUCCAGAGCUUCCCAGCUCAGCGCCAUCACGCCCCCAGGUUUGGUUCAGCCAAACAACUUGGAGCUUUUCUGCUGCUCGCCCGUUGCUCCUAUCCGGCGGCUCGGAAAGCUCUAAAUUGCUGGUUGCGGGGCACGCAGAAGCAACCCCAAGCUAAAGCCUUUGGUCUCCCAGCCAGCCUCUCUGCCCAGUGGGCAAAACAGGUAGUGGUGGCUCUUCUAGCUAAAAGCCUUCUUUUCCUUCUACGCGUUCGAAUCCGUCGUCGCGACUUAGUUGGGUCGUCGGGCCAGAUCCCUGCAUUGGUCGCGGUUCUUCUCUAUGUCUCGUUCAACUUUGGAUGA